GUGACAAAUGCACAGCAAGGCUAAAUCACCGACAGCAAACUAGAGAAAAUUUAAAAAGCAUAAAGCAUCUUAAACAUCUCACGUACAGCACUCCACUCUCACUGAAAGAUGCAGCUUACUCUGGCCUUCUGCUGCUUUAGCUUUUCUGCGCUAUAAGUACUCUCAUAAUGCUCUCAUGAUGCUCUCAUGAUACUCUGAGAUAACGCUGUUGUUUUAGUGAAUAGGGAGAAUGGCCGGUAGGAGCCUGGGCGAGCCGCCCACAAGGCGGCUGACGCGAACACAGACGGUAGGGACUCUGGCUUCCAACGAGGCGAUUGACAGUGAAGUGGUUCCUUCUACUCUGUCCAAGAUCGCUCCCAUCCUUCGUGUUGCAAAUGAGAUCGAGAGCGAGUGCCCGCGGGUUGCAUAUCUUUGUAGGUUUUAUGCAUUUGAGAAGGCUCACAAGGAUGAUCCUACUUCCAGCGGCCGAGGCGUUCGACAGUUUAAAACGGCUCUUCUGCAACGCCUGGAAAAGGAUGCUGAAGCAACCUUGAAAGCGAGGAAGAAAAAAAGUGAUGCUAGAGAAAUGCAAAGCUUUUAUCAGCAAUACUAUGAGCAAUAUGUGAAGUCACUAGAUGCAGCAGCUGAAAAAGCAGAUCGUGCGCAGCAGGCGAAAGCAUAUCAAACUGCUGCAGUGCUGUUUGAAGUAUUAAAGGCAGUCACCCAGACAGAGGCUGCUGAAGUUGAUCCUGAGCUUUUGAAAUCUGGUAAAGAUAUUGAGAAGAAGCAAGAAAUGUACGCACCCUAUAAUAUUCUUCCUCUUGAUUCAGCUGGUGCAAAUCAAGCCAUUAUGCAGUUUCCUGAGAUUAAAGCUGCAGUAACAGCAUUACGCAACAUUCGUGGUCUGCCAUGGCCCGAGAACUAUCAAAAAACAGAUGGAGAUCUACUUGAUUGGCUUCAAUUAAUGUUUGGAUUUCAGGCAAACAAUGUAGCCAAUCAGAGGGAACACUUGAUUUUGCUCCUUGCAAAUGUGCAUAUAAGGCAAAUUCCUAAGCCAGAGCCGAUUAAUAAGUUGGAUGACCGGGCUCUCAAUGAGGUCAUGAGAAGCUUAUUCAAAAAUUAUAAGAAAUGGUGCAAAUAUUUAAAGCGCAAAAGUAGCCUCUGGGUACCCACCAUACAACAGGAAGUUCAGCAGCGCAAAAUUCUUUAUAUGGGACUCUAUCUUCUGAUUUGGGGAGAGGCUUCAAAUCUUCGGUUUAUGCCAGAAUGCCUUUGUUAUAUCUACCACCAUAUGGCAUAUGAACUCUAUGGGAUGUUGGCUGGUAAUGUCAGUUCCGUAACUGGAGAAAAUAUAAAGCCAGCAUAUGGAGGUGAUGAAGAAUCUUUCCUCAGAAAAGUUGUGACGCCCAUUUAUGAUGUCAUUGCAAAGGAGGCCAAGAGAAACAGAGGGGGCACAGCCAAACACUCACAAUGGAGGAACUAUGAUGAUCUGAAUGAGUUUUUCUGGUCAGAAAAUUGUUUCAGCCUACGCUGGCCGAUGCGAGCAGAUGCUGAUUUUUUUUAUGUCCCAAAGGAAGAGGAAAGGAAUCCUAUUUUGAAGAAUACUAUAACUUUGCGGAACCAAGGACCGAAAUGGUGUGCCAAAACAAAUUUUGUUGAAAUUCGGUCAUUCUGGCAUCUUUUCAGAAGCUUUGAUAGGAUGUGGACAUUUUUCAUAUUAGCUCUUCAGGCCAUGAUAAUUAUUGCCUGGCAUGGACCAGGCUCACCAACUGAAAUAUUCUAUUCUUCUGUCUUUAAGCAAGUUUUGAGUAUAUUCAUAACAGCUGCCAUUUUGAAGCUCUUGCAAGCUAUUCUUGAUAUUGUUCUAAGCUGGAGAGCAAGGCAGUCCAUGAAGAAAAGGGAGAUUCUUCGAUAUAUAUUGAAGGUUCUAGUAGCUGCAGCAUGGGUCAUCAUUCUUCCAUCUUGUUAUGUCCAUUCAUGGGAUAAUCCUACUGGUCUCUUUAGAAGUUUAAAGAAUUGGGUUGGGGAAUGGAAAAGUCCUUCCUUGUAUAUCUUCGCAGUUGUAAUAUAUUUAUUGCCCAAUGCUUUAUCAGCAUUAUUGUUUUUGCUUCCAAUGGUGAGGCGAUAUGUUGAAAGCUCAAAUUGGAGAGUUUUUACUAUUCUAACAUGGUGGCAGCAGCCAAGACUAUAUGUUGGACGGGGAAUGCAUGAGAGCUUCUCCUCUCUUUUCAAGUAUACGUUCUUUUGGAUCCUUUUACUCAUAAGCAAGCUGGCUUUUAGCUACUAUAUUGAGAUAAAACCACUGGUUAAGCCUACAAAGGUGAUCAUGAAAAUGAGUAUUAGCAAUUACCAAUGGCAUGAGCUUUUCCCACAAGCAAAGAAGAAUAUAGGGGUAGUGAUUGCUGUAUGGGCUCCAAUAAUCCUUGUUUAUUUCAUGGAUACACAAAUUUGGUAUGCCAUUUUCUCCACUAUCUUUGGAGGUAUUUAUGGAGCUUUUCGCCAUCUUGGUGAGAUACGAACAUUGGGAAUGUUGAGGUCUCGAUUCCAAUCUUUGCCUGGAGCUUUCAAUCAAUGUCUAGUGCCACCACCUGCUGAAAAACAUCAGAAGAAGGGUUUAAAAACUUUCUUUUCCCGGAAGUUUGAGAAGCCUGAGCCAGGAAAACGGAAAGAGGCUGCAAAAUUUGCCCAACUGUGGAAUCAAGUGAUUACGAGUUUUCGUAUUGAGGAUUUGAUAAAUAAUAGAGAGAUGGAUCUAUUGCUUGUACCAUAUUCUUCAGAUCCAAAAGUAACUCUUGUCCAGUGGCCACCAUUCUUACUUGCUAGCAAGAUACCUGUAGCAUUGGACAUGGCCAAGGAUUUCAGAGGGAAGGAUGCAGACCUGUAUAAAAGAAUCAAAGCCGACGAUUAUAUGAUAUGUGCCGUGCAAGAAUGCUAUGAGUCGGUUCAGCGUGUUCUUUUGACAAUUAUCAUUGGCGACCAAGAGAAGAAGGUUAUCACGGAGAUACUUGAUUAUGUCACAGAGAAAAUAAAUAGCGAGUCCCUCUUGGACAAUUUCAAGAUGAGCGAGCUUCCUCUUCUGUACACUAAGUUUGUACAUCUUGUUGAAAUACUGAGAAAUAAUGAUAAUGAUCCAAAUUCUCGGCAACAAGUGAUUCUUACCCUUCAGGAUAUGUUGGAGAUUGUAACUCGAGAUAUGAUGAAAGAUGGGCCUAGCAUUUUGGAAUCAAUUCACAGCAUGCAACCAGGUAAUGAUAUUUUUACAAGUCCUGGUCAACCACAAAAGGCCCAGCUAUUUGCAUCUACGGGGGCUGUUGACUAUCCUAUUCAAGAUACUGAUGCAUGGAAAGAACAGAUUACCAGGCUUCAUUUGCUUCUUACGGUCAAGGAAUCAGCUAUGGAUGUUCCUGUCAACUUAGAAGCUCGGCGACGGAUUGCGUUCUUUACAAAUUCCUUGUUUAUGGAUAUGCCUAAUGCUCCCAAGGUUCGAAACAUGCUGUCAUUCAGUGUCAUGACCCCUUAUUACAAGGAAGAAGUUUUAUAUUCAAUGCAAGAACUUCAGAAAGAAAAUGAAGAUGGGGUUUCCAUUGUCUUCUAUUUGCAGAAAAUUUACCCAGACGAGUGGAAAAAUUUUCUUGAGCGCGUAGAAUGUGAAACUGAGGAGGAGGUCCUUGGCGAUCAAAAGAAAAAGCAGGAACUUCGUCACUGGGCAUCUUAUCGAGGGCAGACUCUCACCAGAACAGUUAGAGGAAUGAUGUACUACAGAAAAGCCCUGGAACUCCAGUCCUUUUUGGACAUGGCAAAAGAGGAUGAAAUUCUGGAGGGAUACAAGAUGCAGGAAUCGCUACCCGAAGAGACAAAGAAGGGACAACGAUCAUUGUGGGCACAAUUGCAGGCAGUAGCUGACUUGAAAUUUACCUAUGUUGUUUCCUGCCAACUAUAUGGUAUACAGAAAAGAUCGAGUGAUCCUCGUGCAAAUGACAUAUUAAGCCUUAUGCAGACAUAUCCUUCUUUACGUGUUGCUUACAUUGAUGAGGCAGAAGAGAGGGAGAAAGAGAAAACUCAAAAGGUUUACUAUUCCGUUCUUGCGAAAGCAUAUAACGACGAACUUGACCAGAUAAUAUACAAGAUUAAGCUGCCUGGUCCAGCUAACAUUGGUGAAGGAAAGCCAGAGAAUCAGAAUCAUGCCAUCAUUUUCACUCGUGGUGAAGCUCUUCAAACAAUUGAUAUGAAUCAGGACAACUACCUAGAAGAAGCUUAUAAAAUGAGAAAUUUGCUGGAAGAAUUGCUCAAGUAUCAUGGUGUGCGACGGCCAACAAUACUUGGUCUUAGAGAACAUAUAUUUACAGGCAGUGUUUCAUCGCUUGCUUGGUUUAUGUCAAAUCAAGAGACUAGUUUUGUCACAAUUGGACAACGGUUACUCGCAAACCCACUAAAGGUUCGAUUUCACUAUGGUCAUCCUGAUGUAUUUGAUAGAUUAUUCCACCUGACAAGAGGUGGCAUAAGUAAAGCUUCAAAAGUAAUCAAUUUAAGUGAGGACAUAUUUGCAGGAUUCAAUUCUACCCUACGACAAGGAAAUGUAACUCAUCAUGAAUACAUGCAAGUUGGUAAAGGUCGUGAUGUCGGACUCAAUCAAAUAUCACUAUUUGAGGCAAAGGUAGCAAAUGGAAAUGGUGAACAAACCUUGAGCCGUGAUAUUUAUCGGCUAGGACAUCGGUUUGACUUCUUUCGAAUGAUGUCGUGCUAUUUCACUACAGUUGGAUUUUAUUUCAGUACUCUGGUGACUGUUCUUACAGUGUAUGUUUUUCUAUAUGGUCGUUUAUAUCUGGUUUUAAGUGGACUUGAAUACAGAAUGUUGCAUGAAGCUGCUGUACAACAUAAUACUUCCUUAGAAGCAGCCCUUGCUUCACAGUCAUUUGUUCAGCUGGGUCUUUUGAUGGCCUUGCCAAUGGUGAUGGAAAUUGGUCUAGAACGAGGGUUUCGUACUGCAUUAAGUGAUUUUGUUGUUAUGCAGCUGCAGCUAGCCUCCGUUUUCUUUACUUUUUCUCUUGGUACAAAGACACAUUACUAUGGACGGACAUUACUUCACGGAGGAGCCAAAUACAGAGCUACUGGACGUGGAUUUGUUGUUUUCCAUGCCAAGUUUGCAGAUAACUAUCGGUUCUACUCACGCAGUCACUUUGUCAAAGGAAUUGAGUUGAUGAUGCUUUUGAUUGUAUACAAUGUCUAUGGCCAAUCCUAUCGUAACACUGUCGCUUAUCUCUUAAUAACAUUUUCCAUGUGGUUUAUGGUUGGGACAUGGCUUUUUGCACCUUUCCUGUUUAAUCCUUCUGGAUUCGAAUGGCAAAAGAUUGUGGAUGACUGGACAGAUUGGAACAAAUGGAUAAGCAGUCGUGGAGGGAUUGGUGUACCACAAGAAAAAAGUUGGGAAUCAUGGUGGGAUGAGGAACAGGAUCAUCUCAAGUAUUCAGGCUUGCGAGGACGAAUUUGGGAGAUACUCUUAUCACUUAGAUUUUUCCUCUACCAAUAUGGAUUGGUUUACCACCUAAAUAUUGCACAUGAUAAUCGUAGUGUUUUGGUCUAUGGGCUAUCUUGGCUUGUUAUUGGAGCUGUCCUUGGGGUAUUGAAGACUGUAUCUGUAGGAAGGAGGAGUUUUAGUGCAGAAUUUCAGCUCAUGUUCCGGCUUCUCAAAGGACUUCUUUUCAUCGGAUUCAUGUCAGUUCUGACUAUUCUCUUUGUUGUCUGCGGGUUGACAGUAGCUGACUUAUCUGCCUGCAUCCUUGCAUUUAUGCCUACUGGAUGGGGUCUGCUCCAGAUUGCACAAGCCUGCAAGCCUCUAGUUCAUCACACUGGAAUGUGGGACUCGGUUCGUGCUCUUGCUCGAGGUUAUGAAUAUGUAAUGGGAUUGCUGCUUUUCACACCAGUUGCUAUAUUAGCUUGGUUUCCUUUCGUAUCGGAAUUUCAAACCCGUUUGCUGUUCAAUCAAGCCUUUAGUAGAGGGUUACAAAUUUCACGUAUUCUUGCUGGUAGGAAAAAAGAUUGGUCUUCUACAAGCUGAGAUUAAUUACCAUGUGGACACGGAUUUUCUAUUUUGGUCCACAUGAGUCUGAAAACAUUGUAAAUAUUUGAGGGCAGGGUUGUGUAUCAAGUAGCAGACAUCAGUUUCAAAAUAUUUCGAACAUUUUCAAAAUAAUAUUGCUGUUGUACAGAUUAUCUUGUUAUCGGUGGAUGAUUUGCAUCCUGGCCAACUUUUUAUUUUAUUUAGUCAAAUUCUCUUUUAGUGAGGAUGACCGAGUAGCUGGUCAAGCGCAAGCCCAGCUAGCUUCACUUUGUGAGAGUGAGGAUACUUACUAUAUAUACUUUGGGUAUUUUAUUACUUGGUAGAUCUUUCUGUAAUUUAAUUGUACAUUUCUAGUAAAGUAUGCUUUCAUUUUGAACAAAA